GGGCCAUCCACACUGGCUGCCAGGACUCCAUCCUCGCUCCUACCUUUCUUCUCUCUGGCUUCAGUUUUGCUGCGUCCUGUCGUCUUGCUACCUUUCUGGCCCAGUUCGUUGCGCAAACCCAGACGCGGACACGGACAGUGAAGACACCAGCCAGGCCUCGCGACCCGGCUCUCUGUCAGACGGGAUAUCAGUCGGACGGGGACUGUCGCUGUCAUCCCAUAGCCAGAAGUAAUAAACCACAACUUUACCCAAGCAUACAGCCUACAGUCAAGAUCUCCAGUCGAGAACCACAGUCGACACCCUACACAGAGCUCUGUGGUUCCCGCCCUCGACAGCCUCAAGUGCCACUAGUGACUCGGCCACUACCACCUCCUCUACUACCGUCGCUUCGCUACGGGAACCCAAGACAUCGAUCCCCAUACAAAUGGUUCAACAACCGUCCAACCUCAUCACCACCGUCAGUCCGCGACAAACCCAGCGGCAACGACACUGAACCCUGGCCUGACUGCCCUCGACCUUUUGCGCCAUGGCGAUCUUCGCCAUGGGCUGGCAGAAGCCCGACAAUGUCGCUGGCUCAUCUGCCCCAGCGAUUAUGGUCGGCCUGUUUGUCGCCACAGGCGGCUUACUCCUUGGCUAUGACACUGGAACCAUCAACGGCAUUCUUGCCAUGAAAUCGUUCAAAGACCACUUUUCAACCGGCUACAUCGACGGCAACGGACAGCCUGGCAUAUACCCAAAGGAGAGUGCGUUAAUCGUUGCCAUGCUCAGCGCCGGAACCGCCAUCGGAGCCUUACUCGCUGCGCCUCUCGGAGAUCACUAUGGACGUCGCCGGUCCCUUAUUGGCGCCAUCGGAAUUUUCGUAAUAGGCGCCAUCCUGCAGGUUUGUGCAUAUAACAUCGAUCUGUUGGUGGCAGGAAGGACGGUUGCCGGUGUUGGUAUCGGCAUUGUCUCAGUGCUUGUCCCCUUAUAUCAGUCUGAGAUGGCACCCAAGUGGAUUCGAGGAACACUGGUGUGCACCUACCAACUCUCCAUCACCAUGGGGCUUCUUGCCGCUGCCGUGGUCAACAUCCUCACAUACAAAUUGAAGACAGCUGCUGCCUACCGGGUACCAAUAGGACUUCAGCUAACCUGGGCCUGCGUCUUGGCCCUGGGCUUGACCGUGUUACCCGAAACUCCUCGUUACCUCAUCAAACGUGGAGACAAGAACGCCGCUGCGCUUUCUCUCAGUCGGCUGCGUCGACUGGACAUUACUCACCCUGCCUUGGUCGAGGAGCUUGCCGAAAUCGAAGCAAACCAUCAAUACGAGAUGGCACUGGGUCCCGACUCUUACAAGGACAUUCUCUUUGGCGAACCUCACCUUGGCCGUCGCACGUUUACAGGUUGCUGUCUGCAGAUGCUACAACAGCUUACCGGCGUGAACUUUAUCAUGUACUAUGGAACCACCUUUUUUAAUAACGCUGGCGUUGGAAACCCCUUCAAGAUCUCUCUCAUCAUGCAAGUCAUCAACACAGCAUCGACCAUACCCGGAUUGUUCGUAGUCGAAUCAUGGGGCCGGCGUCGGCUCUUGAUGGUGGGCGCCAUAGGCAUGGCCAUCUGUCAGCUGCUGAUCGCUGCCUUCGCGACGGCCAGCGGCUCCAACAACCUAUCAGCACAGAACAAGGUCCUCAUUACCUUUGUUGCGAUAUACAUCUUCUUCUUUGCUGCAUCAUGGGGCCCAGUUGUAUGGGUCGUCACCUCCGAGAUUUAUCCGCUCAAGGUUAGAGCCAAAUCCAUGUCGAUAACUACGGCUUCAAAUUGGUUCCUCAAUUUUGGCAUCGCCUACGGCACCCCGUAUAUGCAAACGAACAGUGCAGCGAGCGACGAAAGCUCGAUAGAUCUCGGCUCUAAAGUGUUUUUCGUAUGGGGCGCGUUUUGCAUAGUAGCGGUCGGCUUUGUAUGGUGUAUGGUUUACGAGACUAGCAAGAUCAGUCUCGAACAAAUUGAUGAGAUGUACGAGAGAGUUGACCAUGCGUGGCACAGCAGGCGCUUCGAACCUAGUUGGAGUUUCCAGGAGAUGCGAGACCUUGGCUUCUCCGAUGGCGGCAUACCGCCAACGCAGCAGCUGCAGCAGCAGCCGCAGCAGCCGCAGCAGCAACAACAACAACACCACCAACAACAACAACACCAACUACAAGUUGACCUACAGCAAUCGCAGUCACGCACUAGCAACUCCAGCACGUCUCAAACCGACACGGGCGGGAGCAAUAACACCGGGGCGUCACAAGACGAUAAACUUGUGGCAUCCUUGGGCAACAUCGAUCUCAGCUAUUGACUUUUUUUUUGUUUUGAUUUUACGCUUAUGGGUGGGGAAAUCGCCGGUCGCUUUUGGGCUACAAUUUCCCUCGAGCUUUCUGGAUAUCAGCGACGGAGUUAGCGUGUUGGAGUUUGGAGCUUUUUUGGAUUUGGGGAAAAAAAAACUUUUGGGUAUCAACUCUUUGAUCAUCAUUCUGAAUAUUUGUUUUUGAUUUUGGGUGGCAUUACUUCGGGGCGCUGUAGCUCUUGAUCCCGCUUUGUUCCUUGCAGGCCAUAUCCUUGGGACAUGGGCUUCGGAUGACACCCAUCGGAUGCUUUACAGAAUGUCUGUCUGCCCAUUGUUGGUUAUGGGCAGGUCGAGCAGUGUACAUGGUGCAGUUAUCUGGGCCCUGAUGAGGUUUUUGUGUCAAGGAAUCAAAGACGAUGGAGCUCUUCGUGGCGCGAGCUGGUUUUUAUAUCCAUCACAGCGAACAACGACCCUCAAACGACGUGGCAUCAUGUUGCUGGAAACGUGACACAUCUAUGCACAUGUACCUCAUUGUGCAAUAUAGACAGCCUGUGUCACAGACAAGCGGGAUGUGCUUGAUGAAGUUCUGAGGGUACCCCGAACGGAACAUGCAAGUAACCUUGCAGUGAUGCUGGCGGGAAGGGAAUCACGAUUUUCUCUGGAGGAACCCGCCACGCUGCAUUGUCUUCGUCUAAACGCAAACGGCACGAAUGACUAGCGACUAACAUCAGUACUACUGGUACCUACAUUUAUUGAGGGAGGACGAUGUAACAUCAAAGGUUGAGCAUCUAGGGGACAACAGAGUGGUUCUAUGUUUGUGAAGGUUUGAUACCAUCCAUAUCUGCCCCGGGAUGUCAAUUGGCUGAUGCCGCCUGGGUUCAGCUCGUCUGAUCUGGAUCAUCCGAACUCGACUCAAAGUUGGGAACGAAAAAACAGCCAGAUCUGGAACUUCGUAAUCUGUGAUGCCUGGGAUAUCAUGUAGUACAGAGAAAGCUAUUGCGUAGCCGUGAGGUGUUUAAUAGGUCAUUUGGGGCAUCUUGUGGUCAUUUC